AUGCGUGCUGUUAUACAAAGAGUGACUAGUGCAAACGUUACUGUAAAUAGUCAAAAAAUUUCAUCUAUAUCUCAAGGUUUGGUUGUGUUUAUUGGCAUAAAUAAAGAUGAUACAAUCAUGGAUGUAGACAAUCUUGUUAAAACGAUUGCAAAAUUAAGAAUAUUUGAUGAAUUAAAAGACGGCGAACAAAAAAGAUGGCGUCAAACUAUUAAAGAUAUCCAAGGAGAAAUUUUAUGUAUAUCUCAAUUUACAUUACAAGCUAAAUUAAAAAAAUCAAAACCUGAUUUUCAUACAGCAGCAAAAGGACCAGAGGCAAAAAUUUUAUAUACAGAAAUAUUAAAUGGAUUACAAAAAAUAUUAGGUGAAGAUAAAAUUAAAGAUGGCGUUUUUGGUGCAAUGAUGAAAGUUCAUCUAGUAAAUGAUGGUCCCGUAACAAUAAACUAUGAUACACGAUUAUAA